GAGAGGGCUUCCGGUGCAGGAAGGAGGCACUGGGUUCCAAGAUGGCGGCGGCGGUGGAGGCGAUUCUCAGAUUGCUGUACUCAUUGGCGAUCCCUGCAUUGAUGCUAAUCGGGGUGUUAUGUCUGUGUCUGUUUGUGCUGUUGUGUGGCCUGCGGCGGUUUUUCCAACAAAGAAAAAAGCAGCUAAUUCCACCUGAGAAAGAUGGGAAGAGGCCAUUUGUGGUUGCGUUUUUUCACCCGUAUUGCAACGCAGGUGGUGGAGGGGAGCGAGUGUUAUGGUGUGCUCUAAGGGCACUGCAAAAAAGGUACAAAGAUGUUUCCUAUGUUAUCUAUACUGGUGACACUGCCACAGCUGACAGCAUCCUGGAAGGUGCUCACAGACGGUUCAACAUCAGAUUAAAUCAACCCGUGAAGUUUGUAUUCUUGAGAAGGCGCUACCUGGUGGAAGCUUCCCUUUACCCCCAUUUCACUCUGCUGGGUCAGAGUUUAGGAUCGUUGUUUCUUGGCUGGGAAGCUCUUACGAAGUGUGUUCCCGAUGUUUACAUAGACUCCAUGGGUUAUGCCUUUACAAUUCCUCUCUUCAAAUAUUUAGGAGGUUGCCGGAUAGGUUGCUAUGUCCACUAUCCCACAAUCAGCACUGACAUGCUUUCUGUGGUUAGGAAUCAGAAUGCUCGCUUUAACAAUGCAGCCAUCAUUACAACAAACCCUCUGCUAAGUAAGCUGAAACUUGCAUAUUACUACAUUUUUGCUUCCAUAUACGGGCUAGUGGGUUCUUGCAGUGAUGUUGUCAUGGUUAAUUCUUCAUGGACUCUCAAUCACAUCCUGUCCCUUUGGCGGUGCAGUGAUCGCACAAGCAUUGUGUAUCCACCUUGUGACGUUCAGACUUUCCUGGAUAUUCCGUUGCAUGAAGAAAAUAACACUUCGGAGCGAACUAUUGUUUCUGUAAGCCAGUUCAGGCCAGAGAAAGACCACAGUCUGCAAAUCAGAGCCUUUGCUAAAUUUUUGACAAAGAUUGCAGGCCAGCAACUACAUCCAAAGCUCAUUCUGAUUGGAGGCUGUCGUAACUAUGAAGAUGACCAGCGUGUAGUUGGACUUAAAAAGCUCUGUCAAGAGCUGGGCAUUGAAAAUAGAGUGGAAUUCAAAGUAAACAUUCCCUUUGAAGAGCUAAAGAAGCAUCUAGCAGAUGCCACCAUUGGACUUCACACUAUGUGGAAUGAACACUUUGGAAUUGGAAUUGUUGAAUGUAUGGCAGCUGGAACAAUUAUCCUUGCUCACAAUUCUGGAGGUCCCAAGCUGGAUAUUGUGGUGCCCUAUGAAGGAAAUGUUACUGGAUUUCUAGCAGAAAAUGAAGAUGAUUAUGCGGAUACCAUGGUUCAUAUCUUUUCAUUGUCCCCUGCAAAAAGGCUAGAGAUCAGACAAAAUGCUCGUCAGUCUGUGAAGAGAUUUGCUGACCAUGAAUUUGAAGACACAUUCCUAUUAUCUGUGGAGCAAUUAUUUAAAUAAAAUGUUUUUAUAUGUGAUAUCUGGACAGACUUGAGUCGCUAUGGUAAUAUACUUGUAUAUUUUUCUAAUUUAUUUAUGCUGUACAAUAAAGUAUCCAAAUCCUGA